AUGGAGAGGACAACAGAGCCACAGAUCCUGCUUGGAGCAUCUGAAUUUAUUCAUGGCCCACUCCUCAAGCACCACCGCCCUGAUAACUCAUUCAAGCAGCUCACCAACAACAUCAAGGAAGUUGAUUCAGAAGACUCAAUGGACAACUUCAAUGAGGACACCAACCUCAGCCACAACCUUGGUGACUGUCAUGUUAUCCUCAUUACUGGCGUCUUGGCUAUGGAGUAUGUGCUUGUUGUGAUGAAGAUUCAGGGCAUGGGGCUCCCCAUCAGGCAGGAUGACAUGCCCUUUGACCUGGAGUCCUCCACAGUGGCAGUUGAUGUUCUGGAAGUCCUGGGCAAGGAACUCAUGGUAGGGCCCUGGCUUGAUGUCUUUGGCUCUGGCGUGGGACAUAGGGUCUACAUUCAAAACCUGGCCACCACCUCCUCCCACAUGGCCAUAGUUGGAUUCUUUGCUGUGAAAUGUGGAGCAGUACUCAACUCCCACUUCAGCAAGCUACUGGACAGCAGUAAGGUCAUCUCCAUGGUCCACACCAAGUCAGCAGAGGAACAGGAAGCUGAGGUCAAGGCCCAUGCCACUGAUCAAUGCAAGCAUGCUAAUAGAUCUGCUGAGACCCAGCCCCAACAGCUCCAAGCUGAAUGGAAGGCCCACAAUGACUCUGCAUUGCCAAGGGCUGCCUGCACUGACUUGGACAACGCCACUGGAGACACCAUCUUGCCCAUCAUGGUCACUGGUGGUGUUCUGAACCUAGUCUCCAUCAACAUCACCCAUUCACCAGCUCAUUUGGACAUGGUAAACUGGCUCAUGUCAAAACAUGGGUGGCACAUUGUGCUAGUUCAAGAAACAGGCCUUCUGUGCGACGCUGAGGUGGGUAUGGAGGACCAUAUCCAUUGCCAGCUCACCAACAACAUCCACUUCAACUCCCCAUCCACGCCCACCCUACAUGCCAAGCAAACUGCGGUCCAGCUCUCCAAACUUGAUCACCAGCUUCAUGAAGGACACAUCUCACAGGCACAGUUUGACUCUAAAAAGAUGGCUAUCAACAGCUCCUGA